GCUAGAAAACCGAGUGAAGCAUGGGUGACUGGAGCUUUCUUGGGCGGCUGCUGGAGAACGCUCAGGAACACUCCACUGUGAUUGGAAAGGUGUGGCUGACCGUUCUCUUCAUCUUCCGCAUCUUGGUGCUAGGCGCAGCGGCUGAAGAGGUUUGGGGCGACGAGCAGUCCGACUUCACCUGUAACACGCAACAACCCGGUUGCGAGAACGUCUGCUACGACGAGGCCUUCCCCAUCUCCCACAUCCGCUUUUGGGUGCUGCAGAUCAUCUUUGUCUCCACGCCCACCCUCAUCUACCUGGGCCAUGUGCUGCACAUCGUUCGCAUGGAGGAGAAGCGGAGGGAAAGGGAGGAGGAGCUCCGGAAGGCCGGGCGGCACCAGGAGGACCACGAUCCGCUCUAUCGCCUCGGAGCCGCUGACGGGGGAGGAAAGAAAGAGAAGCCGCCAAUCCGCGAUGAGCACGGGAAGAUCCGCAUCCGCGGGGCAUUGCUGAGGACCUACAUCUUCAACAUCAUCUUCAAGACUCUGUUUGAGGUUGGCUUCAUCCUGGGACAGUACUUCCUGUACGGCUUCCGCCUGAGGCCGCUCUACAAGUGUGGCCGCUGGCCCUGCCCCAACACCGUGGACUGCUUCAUCUCCAGGCCCACGGAAAAGACAAUCUUCAUCAUCUUUAUGCUGGUGGUGGCGUGUGUCUCUCUGCUCCUCAACCUGCUGGAGAUCUACCACCUGGGCUGGAAGAAGGUCAAGCAGGGGGUCUCCAACGAGUUCGCCCCCGGCGGGGAGUCUCCGCCGCUGAUCGAGCCCGGGGACCCGGAGACGGUCCUCGAGUUCCCGCCGAGGCUCGACUGUUUGCCAGUGUACGCCAACGUGAACGUGGCAGGGGUUGGGGCUGAAGAGGGAGGAGCCUACAGUUCGACCGAAGCCUCCGCACCAGUAAUGCCCGCCAGAUUCAAGAUGGACGCCGCGUUGUUCCCCCCUGACGACUUCCUGUUGGAGGCGCUGCCCACGUCUUUUCAUGUUGGGAAAGUGAGUGAUGGGAGCCGCGAGCAGCUGAUGGAGAUGGAGCAGAACUGGAGCAACAUGUCGCUGGAGCUCCACAAUCCGGAUGGGAAGAAAUCCUCCUGCUCCUCGGCCUCCUACCCUCCUCCCUCUUCUCCCACAUCCGCCUCUUCCUCUCCCCGAGAGGAUACCGCCCCGCCACUUCCACACGGGGAGCAACACUCCACGUUUCCUACACUUCCGCGUCACACUCCCCUCUCUCCCCUCGCUCCGGAGGAGGCGGCAGCAGACAAGGACACCUCCCCUCAUACGGCCCCCCACGACAACUUCACCGUGGUUACCAAGGCGGAGAUGCAUCCGCCUCCCACUUCUGCCACAAGAGACGUCCCGAAGCCAAGUCGGUCCGGCAAGAGCGGCGGUGUCCGAGCUCGCCCUGAUGACCUGGCAGUGUAGAUAAAACACGCACACACCCUCUCACAUUCACACAACCAUGCAGACAUGCUGCCUACACACAGGAAACCUACACAAUCAUUCUUUUUUUCCCCACAUAUGCUUAAAAGCAUUAAACCACACGCACGCAUGUCCUCCAGUGAAAGACGAUCCUGCAAGGAAGAUGUGCAAAGCACAGACACAUUAGGCUGGAGGUGGCUGCUUACUUUAAAUAUUGUAAUGUCACAAAUAUGAACAAUAGGAGUAGGGACAGAAAGAGUUUGGCCAGACAUGGGCCCCUAGACUCGAAAGUGGGGCACUGCAGAAAUCUCCUAGCAACACACCUGGGGUCAUUUCUGAGAACAGAGAGUUGAGCGUGCACAGAUCUCUAUAACUCUAUCCAACGUUUAACAACAUUUAAAAGGUAUCAUGCUUCUUUCUGGAAGGAAGGAAAAUGGAAAAUAAAUGAAUGGCGGCUGUUUCCCCUGGCCUCCAGUCUUUAUGCUAAGCUAACAGACUUGUGGCACUGGCUCCUUAGUUAGGGAUCAGAUUCUAGCAAAUUGUCAAAUUCUGUAAAACUGUUAAGUUGAACAUACAAUCAACACUAAGGGUCUCCAACAUCUCCAGAGGAUGCAUUAUAGCGGCUACAUUUUUUUUUGGAAGUGUAGAGGCAGCAAUGCUACAUUCUUUUAUUUCCAUCUAUCUUCCAUUUAUCUUUGAUCCGAGGAGAGGUUUGCACAUUUUUUUUCUUUCUCCGUCACGUGAUGAUGGAGCUGACCGGUCGGUGGUGUCACGUUGGGUGUGUCCGUGUGCGCUCAGCCCGCCUGUAGUUUCAAUGAAGAGAGGGACGUGGUGAGGAGAGCGGUAAAGUCCCACACCGAGACAUGCUAUAGUCCGUAGGGUUCACAGGCUGUGUGUGAGUGUGUGUGUGUGUGGGUUACUUUUAUCUUGUUUUAGUGUUUACACAAUGACAUCUCUGCAGUUGCAUCAGGGCAAACUAUAUAAAGUAUAUAAAUAUGUAAAUACAUAAUGAUUGAUAGUGUUAACAGGCACCACAGGAUGUUAAACAGACCUACCUGCAUUUAAAAAAAGUUUCUGGUCAAGCUGCAAAUUUAGAGCGACUUUUACAGAGAAAAAGUGAGUUUUUUUUCUGGCACUGGCCCCACGGGUCACUUUAUGCAAAACUCCUGUAUUAGACGACUCAAGGUAAUUUGCUAAAAGAAUACUUAAUCUAUAUUUACAGUAGCGCUGCAGCUUGAACAGAGCAUAAAAAAUCAGUACGCUUCUUUCUGAUGCUUGAGUUUGCAGUGUGAUACAGAACUGUUGAGUUCCCCCAAGCUGUUCGCUAUAGGAGGACUCCUAAGUUCUUUUCUAGACUAGACUAGCUGUAGAUUAUACAGUAGCUUUUAGAUUUUUAUUUUGAAAAAGAAAAAAGAAAGCAAUAUGAUCCAAAAGAAGUGCUAACUUGUAUUUCUCUGUCAGUUCUUAACAGAAAUCCCACAUGUUUCCGUUCUUCUCAAUAAUUCCUGCCAAAAACAAAAGGCAAAGAGUAAAUGGAUGAUAUGAAUUCCCUUCCCUGCAGGCUUGAUUUAUCAAAUUAUAUAUAAAUAUUUUCAUUCAGGAAUAAAAAUAUACCCUUUUAGACAAGUUAACAAAGCAGAGUGGUGCUAAGGAUUUGUAUAUUGUUUCUCCCUCUACAGAAUACUAGUGGAUAAUACUUAAAAUAAUACUGCUAAGAUGGUAGUAAAAGGGCUACUUUUAUAUCACCUGUGCCUAAAUAGCAUUUGAGCACAGCGUGCACAAACCACCAAAAGAAAGUGAGUGAGAAAGUAAGCUAUUUUUUUAACCAUAUCUCACAGUCUUGGUGCUUUCUGUAGUCUUGCUCAGGUCGGGUUAACUGUUUUACCAGCAGGUAAGUAACCCAUGACAUUGUCUCAUAAGUUCAUUCCCCUCAGAAGACUAUAAUGCUGCAUGAGUCCGAUGUAAGAGGGACUCCGUUAAUGUUUCUCUCUGAAAUAAAUCUACGUACUAAAAAUGCAUUCAUGGCAAUUUGAAACGUAUCAGCGAAAUAGUGAAUUACAAGUAUUGGGCUAUUACAGCCUAUGCCAAAAUAAAUUAAGGUACAGCGGAAUGUUAUUAGCAGAGAUACCAACUUCUUAAUUGCUAAUUGCAAACUGGCAUCCUCCAUGUUUUCAAGUUAUUAAAAUAAUAUUUGGGUAGAUUUUAUCCACUCUUUAUUCUAACAAUCUGCUGGCCCUGGCUUUCUAAUGGAAAGAGAUACAAGAGUAGUGACUAUUCCUUUAACAUAUCCAUCGGAUUGUUUAGUUAGGUACGUCGACAGAUUUUUCUCCAUGCAUUUUAGAAAGGCCAUCACUAUAUAUAGCAUAUGUAUAGUGGCAAACUAAUAGCAAAACGUUUGACGCAUAGCUUGGUUCUCGGCAGAACCAUCCCCUUUCCCCUUAGACUGAGAUAUGCUACCUGUUCUCUAAAAGUCAAAGGUUUUUAAGUCAUACAACAUUGUUCCCACUGUGACGUUAGCUUGGAUGUAGUCACAUCUUAAGGUAGCUUGACACUCGCUAAUGUACAGCUAACGUUAAGCUAACACUACAUGAAGAGCAGUUGGCUUAACGUUUGUGCCUUCGAUAUUACGUUUGUACUUUUUAAAGAGAUUUGUAAAACAAGGACGCAUUGGUUGGUUGCAGACAUAGUUUAUAAGAGCACGUAAAUUAUCGUUAGCAGAAAAUAAUCACGGCUAAAGUUGCUUUUGUUCAAAAAGAACUUUUGAUGCAGUAUAUUUGGAUGUACACAAUGUUUGACAUUGUGAACAGAUAGUAGUCCCAGCCAAAGGUUGAUCCGUAUUUUAAUUUCCUAAUUUGAAAGUGUACGAUUUCAAACUUGUCAUGAAUGCAACCGUUUAACUUCUAACAACCAAAUGGAUUGUUUGCGGUUACAUGUACUAAUGUACAUGUGUCUUAUCAAACCAAGGUGCCAAAUAGACGACUUCAGCUCACUACGGCAGCUGAAGCCCUUAAUAUUAUUUAUUUAUUUUGUUAGGGAAGAACUUAUUCGUUGUGAUGUGUAAGAUGUGAUCAAAUAUAUUUAACUAACCAAAAAUAUUCGUGCCAAAAAUAUCACUACAUGAAAGAAAGGGAAAGGACAACUAAAAUAAGCGCUAAAAUAAAGACUCGAGCGUCGUCUCUAAAAGAGAACAAGGUUCAUUUUAUUCACUUCUAUAGCCAAAAAUGGGUUUCACAACCUUGUUGUACCAAGCUGUUCUUAGUACCUUUGAUAUGUAGAUAAAGAGUUGCACAGUUAGUUAUAGGCCACAAGUUAUUAGGAAUAGAAAACAUAAAGGGUGUCCUUGGAGGAGGGAUAUUAACACAUUUUUGUUUAUUUUUGGGAGCAACCCGAUCAAAUUGGACUUGGACUGGACCAGAAAUGAAUCCAAAGAAAUUUAUCUUUCAUGUCCUGAACUUCGAUUGAGAGACUUUUGGCUAUUCUGACGUUUACACCCCGGAUGUGCCACGGAUCAGAAAGUAAUUCCGUGAAGGGACACAAGUCGUUGUGUGAUGGGGUUGCCAUGGCGCCUCGACAUGCCACUAUCACUCCCGUCGUAAAGCGACUGUCUUUGAAGAGAAGUGCCUUGCGUCUGAACUUUUUCGUUAAGGAACAUGUUGAUGUAAAUGUUCAUUUACCUCAGAUGUUUACAGAAUUGUUACUGAAUAAACUUUUU